UGAUUUUUCACAGAUUUAUUGCAAAAACAUUAUUUUAUCUUCAUUUUCUUCUUUGCACUGCAGAACCGUGCGUAGUUGGUCAUCGUAUUUUUCAAAGCUACCAUUAUCAACAAAGGAAAAUACCAAUUGUUUGUACUUAAUGAGCGGGUUAUCCUUGAGGUAUAUCAAAGUAAACAACUGAGUACCUACGUAGAUCAUGGCUAGGAUGGAGUUGUUGCAAACUGUGACCGGUCACAAAGGGAUAGUGUGGAAUGUAUCAUGGCACCCUCUUGGUAAAAUGUUUGCUUCAUGUGGAGAAGACAAGACCAUCAAACUGUGGAGUAAAGAAGGGCAAGAAUGGGCCAUCAAGACAGUUCUCGUGGACGGCCACCAACGGACCAUUAGAGAAGUAGCAUGGUCACCUUGUGGAAACUUCCUCGCUUCAGGCAGCUUUGAUGCAACCACAGCCAUUUGGGACAAGAAAAGUGGUCAGUUUGAAUGCAAUGCUACAUUGGAAGGACAUGAGAAUGAAGUAAAAGGUGUGGCGUGGUCACAAUCAGGGCAGCUGCUGGCAACUUGCGGGCGAGACAAAUCUGUGUGGGUGUGGGAGGUUGCAGGGGAUGACGAAUAUGAAUGUGCUUCUGUUCUCAAUGCCCACAAUCAAGAUGUCAAAAAAGUGGCAUGGCACCCAACUCUAGACAUCCUGGCUUCGGCAUCUUAUGACAACACUGUAAAGCUCUACAAGGAAGAUCCUGUUGAUAAUGACUGGUCAUGUGUAGCAACUUUGCACUCACAUGAGUCUACUGUGUGGAGCUUAGCCUUUGAUAAAACUGGAGAGAGACUGGCCACCUGCAGUGAUGACAGAACUGUUAAAAUAUGGAAGGAAUAUAAACCUGACAAUCAGGAGGGAGUGAUGGUUGCAGACCGAGAUUCUGUAUGGAAAUGUGUUUGCACACUCUCCGGGUAUCAUUCGAGAUGUGUGUAUGACAUAGCUUGGUGCCAUAAGACUGGGUUGAUAGCCACUGCUUGUGGUGAUGACAUCAUUAGAAUAUUUAAGGAGGCUCAGGACUCUGACCCUAAUGCUCCAACAUUUGAUUUGAUUUGCACAAAACUGAAUGCCCAUGCUCAAGAUGUAAAUUGUGUUGCAUGGAAUCCUACCGGGAACCAAGAACUGCUUUCUUGUAGUGAUGAUGGUGAAAUAAGAAUAUGGAAGAUUUCUGACUAGGGGCACAAGUGUUGUUUAGUUUUAAGGUCAAAUUUGUACUAUACUGUAUACAUUUUAGAAUAUUAUGUAUAUCCACUUAGAAUAAGAUGUUACUAGUUGAUUUUAUUAAUCAAUCCUACUUCAUUGAUCUUAAAUGAUUUAUUUGUUUGUAUAACGGUGAGAUAAUGG